CACCCCACCAAUCUCUCUCUCUCUCUCUCAUUCAAGUGUACAAAAUGCAAGCUAAUAGAAGAAGAGCAACUACAAAGAAUGCUGUUGUAGCUGGUUCUGUUUGGGAAACCAGAAUGAAAAUUGACGAAGGGAAAGGUGGGAUCAAGGUCUUCAAUGGCGGAGAUCGCCGCGACGACAGCGGUGGCAUCGUCGCUGGCUUUCGAGUCUACCGGAGACUGAAGAGGAACCAAAGUGACAGCGUCGCCGAGGGCCGCCGGAAGUGGAAAUCAGAGUCUGAAAAGAGCCCAAUUCAACUUAGGAAGACGCGGUCCGAACCGCGGUCGGGGGUAGUGGCAGUGGCAGCGGCAGCGGCGGCGGCAGCGGCAUCAGAUGAGAAUUGCAAGGAAUUGGGUGUGGAGAAGAAGGUCUCAGAAGGGAGUCCGAGCAAUGUGGGUCCCACUGGAUCACCGAAACUAGCCGUUGAGAGCGUGGAUAAUGGUGUCGGCGAUAAGGAAGAUGGAGAGUUCGAGGAAGAGGAAGAGGAAGAGGAAGAGAUUGAGAUUGAGAAGGAGAGUUUUGAUAUCAAGGAAGUGAAUUCAACUGAAGAGAAGAUGGCAAAGGUGGUUGGAGAAGAAGAGAAGAAGGAUGAACAGAUCUAUGAAAAAACACCGAUAUGGGUGAAUGCAGAGAAAGAUCCACCGCAUGUGAUAGAACAUCCAGCCAUUGAUCCAGAUCUCUCAAAACUACCUUCAAUUGAAGUUUCAGAUGCAUUUGGUGAGGGAAUUCAAGAAACCCAAAAUAGGAUGCAAAACAUUGUGGAUUUGGUGAUGUGGAGAGAUAUAUCAAAAUCAGCGUUCGUUUUUGGAUUGGGUACAUUCAUCCUUCUUUCAUCUUCCUUCACCAAGGAUCUAAAUUUCAGCUUGAUUUCUGCAAUUUCCUAUCUGGGUCUUGUCUAUCUUGGUGUAAUCUUCUUCUAUAAAUCCAUUAUCUGCAGGGGGCUUGUGGAUUUUGAUGAAUCAAACGAGAAAUAUAUGGUUGUUGGAGAAGAAGAAGCGAUUUGGAUUAUUAGAAUGAUUCUUCCUUACUUCAAUGAGCUUCUCUUCAAGAUCCGAGGCCUUUUCUCUGGAGAUCCUGCAACCACCAUGAAGCUGGCGAUAUUGCUGUUUGUUUUGGCUCGAUGCGGGAGCUCCAUCACCAUCUGGACCAUGGGCAGAUUCGCUUUUUUUGCAGUUUUUACGUUACCCAAGUUUUGCUCCGCUUAUUCCAGCCAGCUGUCAGGCUACGGUGAGUUUUGGGUUAGACGGUUUCAGGAUGCGUGGGACACAUGCACUCACAAGAAAGCUGUCGCUGCUGCCAUCUUCACCGUCAUUUGGAAUUUAUCUUCUGUCGUGGCCCGCAUUUGGGCAGCUUUCAUGUUGGUAGUGGCCGUACGAUUCUACCAGCAAUCUUUAUUGAGGGACGAGUGGGUGGAAGAUGAGGUGCAUGAAGAUUCCAACGGUGGACAAGAGCUGACAAACAAAACCGGGCCCACUUUCAUUAUGAAAGGUGGGCCCACCAUAACAGAGGUGGCAAAGGAAAAGAAAGGUUCCUGAAAGUGGGCCCCACAUGCAUGAGCUCUUCUCGUCCGGAAUAUUCUUCCAUCCCACUUUUUUUUUGUGUAUAGUUUUUCUACCACCCAAAUGAGUCCAAGGGAAGCUUCUGUUUUAUUACUUUCCUUCAAUCCAAAUAAGCUUUCCUUUUGUCUUUUUUUUUUUUCUUAUCUUGUGACAGAAGCACAUGUAAAGCUGCCCCCCCAAAAAAAGAAAAAGAAAUAUUUAGAUCUUGUAGUGUUUGGCAGGUCAGUUUUUUUUAGUAUUAAUAAGAAAUUAGAGGUUUUGAUUAAUGAAAAUGUUAGCUGUCCAAAUCUA